AUGUCUGCCGUUGAAGAGAGACAAACAGAGAAGAGAGCCCUUGAUAAGGGAGAUGAGAACGACGACGUCGUGCCAACCAAGGAGGCCAGAAUCGAGAAUGGAAAGACCGAGGAGGAGCCAGCUGAAAAGGUCACCAAAGAUGCUGAAGGAGAGGAGGAAGGAGAUGAUGAGGAUGCUGAUGAUGAGGAAGACGAGGUAAAUGAUGAGGAUUCGUCGGAAGGAGAAGGUGAAGGAUCUGAUGCUGGAGAAGGAGAAGAAGGAUCUGGUGAUGAUGAGGAUGGAGAGGAAGCUGAAGGAGGCGAGGAGAGCGAUUAAGCAAUACAUCGAAUACCUCUUCAACUAUCAAUCAUUCAAAAAAAUCUUUAAAAUUCAAAUCUCUAAAAUAUUAUUUUGGGGAUAGAUCUCAAUUCCUCAAGUUUGUCUCCUUAUUUAUCCAAACCUCCAUUCUUUUUUUGGUCGAAUUUGUUCGAUGGGAACUAAAGUUCUAAACAUCUGUCACAAAAUCAAUUACUCCCAAAAAACCUCUUCAUUUUUCUUUUAAUUGUUGAACAUCCUAUGUACCUGUUUCUUGAAAGAAAUUGUUCGUUCUCCUUCCCGUUUUGGUGUCUGCCACCCUAAUUUUUUAACUGUUUUUGAGCCUUCUUCCCUGAUCCUCUCCAUCUCUUUUUCAUUUAUCUUUCUCUAUGAUAGUUUUUGAAAAGAGUAGUCUGUGAAAAGGCCUUAAAUUAUUUUUUUUUCUUAUUUUCUCAUCCAUUUUCUCACAUUGUAUUUUAUUUUUAAAUGCUGAUUCGGUUGUACUACCUUUUCUUCAUUACAAAAAAGUCAAUAAAAAUUUGAAGAAAAGU